UCAAGGCUGUUUGCUAGUUUUUCAUCCAUACGGUAUACGGAAAUACGGUGCGUUGUUUUUUGUUAUAUUUUUGCACUGGACACGGGCGAUCGUCACAUUAUCUCGUGCGCUUUUCGUUUUUUUACGUAUUAUCGCAAAUAAUAAAGACACACAAAUACACAAUCAUGUACGACCGAAUCAUUAUGCUGCGUAUAAUGUCGAACGCGUGAAGUGUGAACGAUGUCGAAAUCACCGCCCUAAACGCACUCAGUAUUUUCGCCGUAAUACUGAUUGUAGACAUUUCUCGUUAUUACAAUAAAUCUUCGGUUUGCAUUGUUAUUUCGUAUUUGCAACAAAAUGCUGCUGCGUUUCCUUCUUAUUCUGUGCGUCGUGUGCCACAGUGUCGUCACUAAGAACACUAAGGAAAACUCCACUAACAUGGGCCAUUCUACAUCCAACACAAUACCAGAUAUUAAUUUUCUUAAUUCUAAUAAACCAUUAGACGCCGAAAAAGUUGAAACGCAAGUCGACCAGAAUUUGGGUGAUUCAGACACCAUUUCGGUAACGCCAAGCAAUCCGUUAAACGAGACAACUACCAACUCCACUGAAAAGUCGACAGCUGUUACGCCCGGUGAGCCAGUUUUGCCGAAAAAAGGAUCUGCUGAAGAAGAACGUAACAGUUCGAUUGCCAUUUUUUUCGUGCUCAGUGUUCUUGCCUUGGGCAUACUGCUUAUACAUCUGAUGUUGUCCACACAUUUCCAGUACUUACCCGAAAGUGUAGUUAUUGUGUUCCUAGGCGCUGUUAUUGGUCUCGUUAUCAAUCUCAUGUCUGAACAGCAUAUUGCUAACUGGCGUAACGAAGAAGCAUUUUCGCCGACAGCAUUUUUUCUCGUGCUUUUACCACCAAUCAUAUUCGAAUCCGGUUAUAAUUUACAUAAAGGAAAUUUUUUUCAAAACAUCGGUUCCAUUCUGGUUUUUGCCAUUAUUGGCACCACUAUAUCUGCAUUAGUUAUUGGUGCUGGUGUUUAUGUCCUUGGUUUGGCACAAGUUGCAUACAAAUUAAGUUUUGUCGAAAGCUUUGCAUUUGGAUCAUUGAUUUCAGCUGUUGACCCAGUAGCUACUGUAGCUAUUUUUCAUGCGUUAGAUGUUGAUCCUGUGUUAAACAUGUUAGUGUUUGGCGAGAGUAUAUUAAAUGAUGCUAUUGCCAUUGUUUUGACUACAUCUGUAUUACAGUCUAAUGGUCCAGCGAUGAGUACUUCUGAAGCUGUAUUAACAGGCAUCAAACAAUUUUGCCUAAUGUUUUUUGCUUCAGCUGGUAUUGGAGUGAUAUUUGCGUUAAUCAGUGCAUUGUUAUUAAAAUACGUAGACUUGAGGAAAACUCCUUCUUUAGAAUUUGCAAUGAUGUUGGUGUUCACUUAUGCACCUUAUGUCUUAGCUGAGGGUAUUCAUUUAUCAGGUAAAUUGUGUUUCAUAUUAUAACUAGUUAAUAAUUUUGACACAUUAUUCUGUAUUUUAGGAAUAAUGGCUAUUCUUUUCAAUGGAAUUGUCAUGUCGCAUUACACUCAUUUUAAUUUGUCAACGGUUACACAAAUAACAAUGCAACAGACAAUGAGGACAUUGGCAUUUAUUGCAGAAACAUGCGUAUUUGCUUAUCUUGGACUUGCAUUGUUCAGUUUCAGAUUACACUUUGAACCGGCUUUAGUUAUUUGGAGUUUAAUUUUGUGUUUAAUUGGACGUGCAUGUAAUAUAUUUCCAUUAGCUUAUUUAUGCAAUAAAUUCAGAGAACACCAAAUCACAAAACAUAUGAUGUUCAUAAUGUGGUUUAGUGGUGAGUUUUUUUUUUAAGUAUAAAUAAAUAGUAUAUUACUCAAUACUUCAAUACUUACAAGCAAUUCUACACUGUGUUUCCAGUGACAACCAAAUUAAUAUAUAAGUAUAAUAGUACCUACCAAUAAUAAUUGUCUCAUUACUAAAAAAAUCCUUUUUAAAAUUUAAUGGGUAUUAAGUUUUAACAUUCUUGCUUUGAUUAUCAAUAUGAAAUAUAUCAGAUUUUAAAUUUUUUUUCCUAUAAUUUGUAUAUUUUUUGAAACAUAUUUUCUACAGAAUAUAGGUACAUUGAAUAAAUUUAUGUAUUUAAAUGAAACCAGAAAUCCAAAAAUUGCAAUCAUUGAAUUUAUAUAGAAAAUUAAAUUUAAAAAUCCUUAGGUAUUUUUAGAUACCAUUUAUCUACUUAUGUUCAAAAUUUCAAAUCACCAUGUGCCAUAGAUUUAGCUGUACAUUAAAGACAAGCAUACAAACUAUUAUUUUAGAUUUUAUAUUGUGAAUGACCUUCCAUAAGAAAAUUUAACAGUAAAUGAUCUUAGUUGACCUAGUUGAUCAGAUAAGAAAAUUAAUUAUUGUAAUUUUGUUUAGUCAUAAACUGAUCAAACAUGCAUAGGUAUUUGGAUCCUAAUGAUAAUAUUGACAUUUUUAAAUGCGAUAAAUAGUUCAAAAGUGACUCAAUAAAAGUGUCUCAAACUAAAAUACUAAUAAAACUCAAAGUGACUUAUACAUUAUACCAAAUCUAGAAAAUUUCAAAUUUCUACAAAUAUUUUUAAUUGAAUUACAUUAAAAAAAGAAAAUUUUAAAAUAAUUAUAAAGAAUUAUCUUUGUACAUUUUCUAGUACUUUCUACAUAUUUUCUGGUUUUGCUGAAUUAUUAAAAAAAAAUAUCAUAAGAUGACUUUCUUAUUCAACAACUGGUUUAAAAAUUCAAAAAUAAAUGUUUUUUUUUUGUAAAAAACAUAAGCCGUAAAAAUGUAAAAUAAAGGAAUAUUAAUAAUAAAUUUAUCAGUUUUAAUUUUUCGCCAUUUUCCGGAUUUUUCAAUUAUAACAAAAACUUCCAAGACUAUCAAAACGAGUUUCUUUAACAGUGGAUAUUUGCUAAAAGGACCAAAAAGAUUUCUUGUUAUUUUUCGAUUAGAGAAAUAUUUCUGGUAAAAACUAUAAUUUGCAAAUAUUAAAAACAAUGAAUUCGGUAACGAGUUUAAUUGACAGUGUUGCUUUGUCAACAAUAUUAUGGUAAAAUAAUUAUGCACUAUAAUAAUAAUUGCCUAAUAUUGUACCUAUUUUCUUGGUUUUUCCAUUUAUUUUGUAAAACCUGGGAAAAUCAAAAAAUUACCUUUUAGUACCACUCCAGUUAGAUUUCUUUUAAGAAAAAAUGAUAUCAUUGUAAAUUGUGAGUAAAAUUGCUAGUGAAAAAGUUGUCCACAGAAAAAUAAGGAUGUAAUAUUUUACUAAUACAUUUCGUAUAUAUUUUCCCGUUUUCGGUUUUUUCAAUUUAUUGGGAAAACUCUUGGAACAAUCCAUUCAGAAUCUAAAAUUAUAGCACAGUUCUAAUAAUUGUUACAACAAAAAAAAAACACUUAAAAAUGGAAAAAAAUGUAUUACAUUUGUUAAAUAAAUCUGCUACACCUGUAUAUUAUAGAGUCAUGGAUCAAAUGAGCUCAAACUCUUGCUUUAUACACAAUCUAAAGUGAUCAUAGAUCAAUUUCUGUAUGUUAUUUCUGGGAAAGGGAGAGGCGUGAUUUUUAAGCUUUGAACACACUUACAGGCCCGAUGAAGCUAGGGGAAUGGAAUUUUGUGUAUAAUGCAAUAUGCUUUGUGUUAGUAUCAAGGAUAUGUCUUUUGGUAGUUUCACCAUUUGUUUGGAAGUAUUAUAGGUAGACGUAGCAUAGUGAUGUCGUUAUUAUAGUAUUAAGUUAUGUACUGUUUUACAGGAAAUAUUUCUAUAAUGCAAAAGGUGGAGAAAGAUUUGAUUUAGUGUAGAGUUUUGCUAGAGUUUUUUUUUUUUUUAAUUUUUUAAAUACUGUUAAAUUAUUCUAUAAGUCUACCUCUACUUAUUAUUUAUAUUAUUAUAUUAUAAAUAUAUGCAAAAAAUUGAUUAUUCUAGGAUUAAGAGGAGCUAUUUCAUAUGCGCUGUCAUUACAUUUAGAAUUUAGUAAUGAAACAAGACACGUGAUAAUCACAACUACAUUGUGUAUAAUAUUAGUCACAACAUUAUUAUUUGGUGGUUCAACAAUGCCACUAAUGAAGGUAAUGUAUACCUUUUAUUUUUUAAUGGCAAAAUUGAAAUUAUUGUGGUAUUCAAUUUUAUUUGUAGAUUUUACAAUCCUCUAAAGCUGGGAGGAGUACUCGCCGACGAAGAAAAGAUAAAGCUAUAUCUCUUAGUAAAACAAAAGAAUGGGUAAUUUUAAUAAACACCAAUAAAAUUAACUUAAAAUUAUCAGUAAUUAUUUGCAUACAUUUAUGUUAGGGACAAGCAAUUGAUUCUGAACAUUUAUCAGAAUUAACUGAAGAAGAAUUGGAAGUCAAUUUUAUUCAAUCAAGAAUCAGUGGUUUUGCUAAAUUAGAUAUCAAAUACUUCAUACCAUUCUUUACUAGACGUUUUACACAAGAAGUAAAUUUUAAAAAAUACAUAUUUAACAUAAACAUUCUAUUUGUAUGCAGGGGGCCUAUUCUCAAAUACAUCAAAAAGAGUUAUUCGAACUAUCUUUUCAAUUUAAAAAGUUUAUUCCAUUGUUAUAUCCAUAGUUUUCAAUUGAGUGUAUUCUCAGAAGGUGAUCAAAUAAUGUAAAUCAUAAAUAUUAUUUUCGAUUGUCAAAUUAAUUAUCACUAAAAAGAAUUUGUAUUUCAUGAAAUAAAACAUUUUAUAAGUUUUAUUUUGAUAUUACAAGUUAUAAUAGUUUACAUUUGUUAUUAGAUGCAUGCAAAUAUUGUUCAGUGAUAGAUCUGUUAAUUGAGGGCUGACUGAGUGUUGCUUAUCUAUGUUCCCUAAUAUCUUGUUGAUCAUUACCACUUCCAAAAAAUUACAUAGCAGUUAAUGCUUACAAUAAAUAUAAGUAUUAGGUAUCACAUUUAAUAAUUGAUUAGUUAUUAUAUUAUUUUGAAUAUUAUUCAACUCCAUUACUAUGUCAUUGUCAUAAGCCAUGGUACCUAUGGUAUAAAAAUAUAAACCUACACUAAAUAAUAAUAAAAAAAUGAUAAAAUGAUAAAAUAAUAAAAAAAAUAGCAAUAUAAUUUAUCGAGUCGAACAUGAAAGUAUACAGACACUUGGUUACAAAGAAAUAAAACCACAAACUAAUGGGCUAUAACUUUUAAAAAAUGUAAAUGUAAUCUCUAGAAAUUUCUUGAGUGUAAUAAGAUAGUUAAAUUAAUAAUACAGCUGCCAGAAAACCUGUGAUAGAAUAAUAAUACUUUUUCCUAUUUCAAUCGAAUAAUCAAUCAAAUAUAAGCAUUUUAUAUCCAAAUACCAGUUAUAGAAAAUUAUCAAAAAAGCAGUUUAAUUUUAUUUGUUAAUAUGAUUUCUCAUGGAUAUUAAAAAUGUAUCUGUUUUCGUUUAAAGGCCAGUUUCAAUAUGUUUGAAAAUAGGCUCCUAGUAAUUUAAAAUUCUAAAUUAACAAUAUUUGUAUCAAAAACAUAAACUAAUAAUUUUAGGAACUGAAAGACUGUAAAACCCAGAUGACAGAUCUGACUAACCAAUGGUAUCAAGCAAUUCGUAUAUCACCAACAGCAUCUGACGAUGAUAAAAAUUUAAACAAUGGACAACCUCAGACAUCUAGAAGUCAACCGAGUUGACAAUUACAGCAGCCACCAGUCGUGAGGCAAAGUAAUGGAGGGGAAACGCAAUCGUUGUUACACCGACAAAACUUCAAAAUAUAACGGUUUUGUUUUACAGGUAAUAAUUUGUUAAGUGACAUUCAAAGCUUGUCUGCAUCGAAUUUACCACAUACGACCAGCCAACCGCAGUAAAUUAAACAAUUAUUUACUUAUUGUACUUAAUGUAUACUUUUUUUCCAAUACUAUAUUAUAAACAGAAUUGAUUUCAACUAUACUGGGAAACUGUUUUACAAGUUUAAUUGAUAGUGAUUCUUGUCUUACAGAAUAGUUGAUGUUAUUCAAUUUAAUUUAAAGCUUAAAGUCUGAAAUUUGAAAUAAUUAAUUGCACAAUACUGUUAUAACAUAAAAGUAAAAAAAAAAAAAGGUGUGAUAGUCGUUUUAUUGAUGUACUCUUUGUUAAGUACAUAAUAUUCUAUUUAUUUUUUGUUUUGUUUAAAUAUUUAGUUUAUCUUAUAUUUAUAUUUUUUCUAUAUGAUUAAAGUAACUGCCUUGAAAUUGAUACAUAUAUAUUUUGACAAAAAAGAAAAAAAGAUAAUAAAAAAAACCGUUUGUGCCAUUUAAUUAUUAUUUUCAUGAGCUUAUUAGUGAAUACACUAGUAUAAUACUACUUUAGUGUGUGCUUGUAUUAAUACAGCUAUAAAUCUAUCAGAUAUUGUCUUAGCUUCUGCUUUAUUAUAUGACUUAUAUUUGUAUAUUUGUUAUAAAUAAACUAUUACAACCAUGAACACAAUAUUAUUCAGGGUAUUUUCCCAAUCUUAAUAACCAAGGUACAAAUAGCUUUUUUUUAAUAGAUACAUCAUUUCUGAAAUUUUUACCAUCUUACAUAUUUACCAUUUAAAUUAUAUGCAAUGAAAAGUAAUUAUUUUUGAACAAAAACCACAAUAAUAUAUUUUCAUUUUUCAAUACAAUUUAAAAAAUAGGCAGUACUUUUAUUUAUAUUGUUACCUUUUUAUUUAAGUAGACUUUUUUUGUGUAAUAUCAAUAAUAAUAUAUUGUUAAUGUGUUGUUUUUUUGUGAUAAAAUAAACAAUCAGUUAUCAAAAAUAAAAGAGUUGCUUUGUGUUUUGAGUGCAAUAUUUUAAUAAUAUCAAAAUGCUUAAACAUAAUAUUACAACAAGUUGUCAAAUAAAUGCAUGAAUAUUGUUUUCUAUGUAUCUACAAUUUAAUUAUGCUACAUUUUUAAGUAGAUAUUCGUGCUGAUUAUACUAUUAAUAUAUGUAGUUUAUAAAAUGGCAUAUUUGUGAGAUAACUUUAUAUACCUACUGUGAUUUAUGGAAAUUUAAUAUAUUUGAUUUGGUUGUAUAGAUAAAUGAAAUAUGUACGUGAUUUAUACAGAGUUAAUCAAUUUAUUGACUAAUUUAAUUAGUGUCCGGAAUUAAUGAUUUUGACUUUGUAUACACUAUUUAUCUGUGAUGUAAUUGUAAGAUGCUGUAUGUUAAAACAAUAUUUAGUUUGUAAGUUGACAUAUCUAAGUACACAGAACCCAUCCUUUUCAACAUGUUCCAUCUUGCAAUCAACUAGUAAAUUAUACUAAUGUGAAUAUUUUUAAAAUUAAUUAAUUUGACCAACAAUUAAGUGUUUCAGAAAUGUGUAGUAUGUUUUUGUGUAAUUAAAAUAAUGAAACGUCACCAAUCCCAGAAAUACAUUUGAAAAAUGUCCCUAAUAAGCGCGCAUGUCGUCCAUUCAUAGUACUAUUUGUUCUGGACCAUGCACCUUAUUUAAGGAGUGUUUAAGACUACUGUUUUGUUAUGUAAUAUCAUAUUUAUAUGCAAAUUAUAACUUGUAGUCAUUAUAA